GAUCCAGAUUCACUGACCACGGAAGGUUAUUGAAAGUCUUUUAAUCUACCGUCCAUAUACCAUCAAACUCAACUGUUUCUCCAACCGUCGUACCGCGCGUGUUACCUAGAGUAGUUGGAUUGUCAAUCUACGCGACACAUCGCCAUGUUCGAGCGUCGUGCGGCUGAUCGAUAUCGUCUUCGCAUGCACCGUGCCCGAACGGUGGCACUGACUACAGAUGAAAUUGUUGAAGUACGAGCCGCACAGCGCACCUUUGAAGGUGCCUAUGUCCGAACGGCGCUCUCGCAGUUUUCCUUUGCUCUCGUCGUGCUCCGAAUCUUCACCACCGAGUUCUACAGUACAGGCGCCCUGUUCGCCAUCUACGGCACAGGUGUGCUCAUAAUCGGUCUCUUCCGCCGUCAACAAGGCAAUCGACAAUUUUUCUCCGAGGUGGGAGAGGAUGGUGUCCAUCGUCACAAGUUCCGAACAAGUGGAAAUGCCGUAUUGGUUUUGACAGCCCUGAGUGUUGCCGCCUACGCGACUCUGAUCGGGUUGACUUGGAGACUGUCACACUAGAUCCCAGCCAUGCGAACAGAAGAUGAACACGGCGGGGUACAGCUUAUCUUCGGGCAGUACGAAGAGAUGCCUGGAAUAUUCGGGACGUCCUGCUGUCUCC